CCUAGUGAAGCUUCGCAAGUCUCUUAAGGGUCGUCGUAGUUUUUCAUGCAAGAAUAUCUUCAAUCUAUGUAUAUGAAGCGUCUUCCCCGUCCACCGGUGUAAUAAGCGGGUAAACCUUAGAUAGUCAAAAAGUUCCACAUGAGACGAAACAACCCCGAAAACAGGACAGUGCUGCAGAAUGCGUCUGGACGUCAUUUUUGGUUUGUGUGUGUGUGGAGUUGUCCUAUAUUUUGAUUGGAGGUGUAUUGGUAUGAUGUUGAAGUAUACUAUAGUCUAAGAAGGUAAAAAGGUCAACUAAUUGCUAAGAGUAGCUUCAUAACUAAGUUACUAAUGAAGGGCUUGGUUAAUUGAUUAUAAUUAGAGCGCUCCUAGUAAGAAUUCCUGACUUCAGCCACAUAAGGCCCUACCGGAGAAGAGGAGAGAGGUAGGUGCUCGCAAUGAGAUCGGAACGGCAUAGUUGGCCUUGCUUAUGGGUGCUAGCUCACCAAGUAUUGCUUGAAGAUAUGCUAAUGCUGAGUGGGUUUUUCAUUACAAAAUUAUUUCUUCUACAUCAUUUUCUUCGGCUGCAAGACAGAGUCAGCCAAUGUUGAUUGUAGACUGAGCGCACUCCUCCCCUCGCCCUCGUCACUUUGAAGGUGGCAGCGCCCUCGUCACUUUGAAGGUGGCAGCAGUUGUGCAAAUUUAUUGUUAUUUCUUUGUUACAUGGGCUGCAUAGACUUGUCACGUGUACCGCGUUCUUUGUAAUAGGUGUCCACUGCUUCGUCCACUAAUGUAGUGCUGGUCCGCUAUUAUAAGAGCUCGCUUUUGCUGCAGCUCUGUAGCGCCACUGUUGUCUCCGGCUCCCAUUGAAUGUUGAAGCUCAGUAGAAGAGCUUGCCAACGUCAACGUGCUAAAAUAAACUCUACAAGGAGAAGUGAAGUGGUGCAGCACAAAGAGAACAAGUGGAGUCCCCUGCAAGGAGAGCUUGCCAACAUCAACUAGACGGACUACCCCUACUUAGCAGUCUUCUACUUCGCUUCCUGUCUCUCAUACUUUUUUUUUGGAUCAUCCAACAGGUCCAGGUCCGACUCCGAGGACGAGUACCGGACCAGAAGAACUAGGAGAACUUUACUAUAGCCAAAAAUAUCUCUUCUAACAAGUAGAGGCCAGAAAAACCACGCGUUAUUUGCGAGCCUCUCACAGGAGGGCAGACACAGACCCUGAGUAUGAUUCGGAUGACGUUAUAGCCGACCCGGAGGAGCCCCGAUCAAAGUCGGGGAAAAAAGAUAUGGAGGCUGCCUCUACUGAAAUAGUGGUCUUGAAUAGUAGCUACUUCACUGGUCUAGUACUACAGUGUCUUCACAAAAGCCAUUUGUUCGUCUUCGUGAAGAGACAGAAACAGACUUAGUCCUCCCGGAAGCAGAACUACUGAAGCAAGACCGUGAGAACGAAGCAGAUAGUUACUGGUGCAGGAGCACUAUCAUGCUGUAGAAGAUCAUCAAUUUAUCGAAUAGAAUACUUGUUUCUAAUAAAUAAACGAUGGCGCUGCGCGGUAGCCGCUUCCUGAGGUCACGGCACCUAAGGCUUUUUUUUCCUUAGAACUGCCACAAAUCUACAACUGUCGGAGAGGGCUACACAGUCAACAUCUUUAACAGAAGUCUGAUGGGGCGCGAUGUAGAAGGAAGUAGUCAGUAGUUGUCUUUUUUACCCCUGGAGUGGGUACAUUCAUUCACUCACUCAGUCAAUGUCAAGAUAUACCCAGAACCUCAGUCUGGUCAGCGAGGACAAUCUUCAAAACCUGGUAGUAGUAAGGGCACUUGACUGACAACGAUUAUCUUUUUCUGGUUUUUGUAGUUUUUUCUAUUUCUGGUUACAACUUAGGUGUGCCACCUCCACAAGUACAAUUAACGUGAUUGUAGUAAGUAUCUUCGAGGGGUGUGAAAAUAUAGCUGUUGACCCCUGCUCUAAUCGUUGCAGACCGCGUCCGCAACGAGCGAGCAGGCAGCGCUACUACAUUUCUGCAGGAAGAAAGAACGCAAUUAUUGGCGGAAAAAUUAUGAGAGAUCAUUUCAAGGCGAGUCACAGAAUGGAUUUUCCCAUUCCAGCAGAUUCAUAGAAUGGAUCAAUGCUGGAAUGGAAAAACGGAAUUCGAAUUUGCGUGAGCAACAAUGAUGGAAUUUUUGUUUCCCAGUUACUGAACGUGAGAUGGAUGCUGUAGCUCCAACGUCUGAUAAGGAACGAAAAGCAGACCAAACUCCUCCGGCAAAAGGGGCCGAAGGAGUGGCAAAAGCAGAAGAAGAGACUCAAGUGACGGCAAAAGGAGCAGGAGGAGAGGCAAAAGCAGGCGAAGAUGUGAAAGUGAAUGAAAGUAUGGGUGAUGUUUUUUCUCCCGCUCCUACUUGCGACGGACCAGGAUCCUGGCACCAGCACUCAGAUUUUUUUAUUUCAAGGGGAGAACAAAAACUGCCAGGAUCGAUGGUCCUCUGCGUUUAGACGGGAUGGAAAAAGCAGCAUUCUUUCACGAAUAAAGAGCAGGCUUCUGGGAACCGAAGGGGGAGCAAGAAUGCAGCGAAACCGGACGACACCCAGGCCAAAAGCGAAUCGGAAGCUGCAAAGGAAGUAGACUCUGCUGCCAACGGUGCAAAGGAAGGCUCUGCUGAGAAGGAGAAAAACAAUGCGAAGGACACGGCCGCGGCUGAAACUGCUCGUGAGAAGGGCAUAGCCCCGGCUGAAGAUGCAAAAGCGGAGGAUGGAAAGACUAUUGGCACUGGAAACGAGGGCAAUGAGGGCGCCAUUGAAACGGCCGCAGAAGCCGCGGAACAGGCCGAGGCCGCAAAAGCCGCUAAAGCGACCGCAGCAGCCACAGAAAAACCCACCGAGGCCGAGGACGGAAAUAAGGCUGGGGGCCAGACUGAGAAGGAGGCCAGCACCGGGACUGAGUCAGGCGCCGCUACUGGGCAAGCUGCACAAGCCGAACAUGAGCAGCAGCUGGCUAGUGGAAAAAACUACGAACAAGACGCUGCUGAGGAGACACUUGCAGAUGGAGGUGCUAAAAUUAAGGAAAAAGCCCUUCCAUUUUAUUUUUACAUCCUGCAUGACCUCCGCUAAGUGAAUCUCUGGCCUUUAGAUUUUUCAAGUGGAAAAAUAAUGGUAAGAAUGGUCCAAGGAAGAUAGCCAUCUUCAAGAAUGUAUUUAGUAAUCUUGCUGCAACCUUUAACGAAACCGAGCAAAAAGAGGCUGCUGAGGAAACGACUGCUGCAAAGGGCGACUCACCUGAUGCAGCCAAAGCCGCUGACAACGGUGGCGGCGGUGCUUCAAGUGCCGGCGCGGGAUCCGAGGGGAAGACAACGACGAAAUCCGAGGCUGGGGGCGCCGCAAGUAAGGUUAAGGCUCGCGAUUAUUCAUUUGCAGCUCCGAUCCAUCUUAGACUUAGCCUUCGCAGUUUUAUAUAAAUAUAAAAGAAGGUAUGUCUACAACUAAUAAAUAGUUGCCUCCUACGGGGGGGUCGAGUCCACUCAUUUUUCUCAUUAUAUGAAAGUGAGCCCAACUACAGGUACAGCAAGAUGUUGGUUACUCCGUGAUGCAGCUAGGUUGCGUUUUUUGCUUAUCAGUCUAAGGCCGUUCACAUCAUGCUUUUACUUAGCUCUAAUUAUAAGGAACUGCGGGCCGAACGCGACGAGCAGGCAGCUGCUACUGAAGCCGACGAGGACACCGCAAAGGACGAGAAUGCCGAAGAAAUGGCGGACGCUGGUGAGGCUGCUACCGAACAAAAGGCGGACGCUGGGGGAGCUACCGCCAAACAAAAGGCGGACGCUGGCGAGGCUCCUACCGAACAAAAGGCGGGCGCGGGUGAUGCUGCUAAGGUUAUGCGGGUCGGCUUUUAUCCAUCCGCCUCAGCCUCUUGGCGCACUUUUGCCCUGCUGGAUUUUCAUGAUAGACAAGGGAAAGGGGGCUGAGAUGAGUUCUUGGCCAAGAUGAAUAGAAGCCGACUCGAAUAAGGAGGGCGAGGGGGCUGGGGGCGCUGCAGCUAGUGAAGCCGAGGGCCUAUUUUCGGAGGUCUUGGAUUUUGUCUUGUUAUGGCUAUAUGUCAUUUUGUCCUGGAUUUCGUCCUAUAAUAUACAUUUGCGCGGUUGCUCGACUUGAUUGGUAUUAGAGUCUGUUUUUAUGCAAAACAUGGCACUUCUAUGCGUAGUACUCGCAUUUUUCUUCUCGAUUAAGAUGAAUUUUUCUUCUAAUUCAAGCCUUGGGAUGCGUUGGCGUUGCAAUCUGUUGCGUAG